AUGUCGAAAUUUCUUAUUCCUGAUAUGUCGAAAUUGGAACCUCUUGAUGGGAAAAACUAUAAACGUUGGGCUGUUAGGAUGAGAUUUUAUUUGGAGCAAAUUGAUGUUGCGUAUGUUAUUUCUGAUGUUGUGAAACCUGUUAAUGAUGAUGAAUUGCAUGAUUUUGAGGUUAAGUUUGCUAAGGAUGAUAGAAUCUCUACAGAAGCUUAUGGUUCAAAUGGUACUAUCACAAUUAAGUGGGAUGUUGUAAGUUGGACUCCUGAUGGCUAUGUUGGUAUAGUUACAAUCUACAACUUCCAAAAGCAUCGUAGUAUUGGAGCACCGGGAUGGAAAGUGGGGUGGACAUGGGCACGUAAAGAGGUGAUAUGGUCAAUGAUAGGAGCCCAAGUAACAAACCAAGGAGAUUGCUCAAAGUUUAAAGGAAAUGUCCCACACAGUUGUAAGAAGAACCCAACUAUAAUAGACUUGAAGCCUGGAACACCAUACAACCAACAAAUCGGAGAUUGUUGUCGAGGAGGGGUGCUCGAUUCGUGGUCUGGAAAAGAUGAUAGUCGUCGUUCGAAAAGUGCUUUCCAAAUCGCUGUGGGAGUAUCAGUGACAGGCACUACCAAUAAAACUGUCAAAAUGCCAAAGAUGUUUAUAUUCAAGGCAUCCGGAGGUGGUUAUAGUUGCGGACCUGCAAAGAUCGUAAGGCCUACUCGAUUUUAUACUGCGGAUAGGAGGAGAGUUACUCAAGCUAUAAUGACUUGGAAUGUUACAUGCUUGUAUUCUACUACCCGGAAAUCUCCUGCACAAGUUGUGUCUUAA